AUGCCCGCGAAGUACUCACACGCGAAGAAACGACUGAAUGCGCGCGACCCGGCACGUAAGAAUGGCAGCGCAUCAUCGAAUAACAAGAAUGGGUCGAUGUUCCAUGGCCAUGCCCAUCGGAACCCAAACCCACACCUCGAGCGCUCUAUCUCGCAGACAAUGAACGCAACGAUCACAGCAGUUUCAGAACUUGAACGUGCCAUCUCGCGAAUUCUCUUACUACGCUACGAACAUGAUAUCUGCCGACUCUACUCGACGCGCUUGCACAACAUCGCACUGAUUUAUGUCCCAAAGCUUGUACUCGACUGCAUUGAUCUCACAUCGCCGGGGUGGGUGGCAGCGAAUGCAGACUGCGAUGAGAUCAAGGAUUUCUUCCGAGGUGCGAUCGCAAUGGAUUUACGCCAGGCCGGAGAACGUGUUGCAACGAAGAGCGUUUUGUGGUCGUAUACGGCCCUGCGGCAUUUUGCCUUGUCAAAUAAUGUACCGAUAUGUCAAAAGCGUGGAUUACAUUCACUCCGUCUACUUCCUCACUUCCAGGGACUUAGAGCACAUCUCGACGUACUAGAAGCCAUGCCGAUCGCUUCAUUCGCAAAACCUACUCAUCUACCAUCACUCGAUGAAGGUCUUGAACUCAUAGAAGAUGACUUGUCGCGCAAAAAGAAUAAGCCCGUUCCUGCAUGGGAUGACUGGAGGCUGAAGCUACGAAUAGGAUAUGAACGCCUCGUCGACACAUUGUGGCAAGUCAGCAAAGAGUUCGAUAUACGCGGGUACGGCAACGUCUUGCGAGAGAAGCUCACAACGAAAUGGUGCGACUGUGGAUGCUCGACGGAUCACCUUGGUGAAGUAUGCGAACGGACUGUCAGAGAGGAGGAAGAGGAAUCCGGCAUUCGCUCCGGAAAAGGAAGGGAAUGGGACGGGCGAGGGAGCGGAGUAUACGGCUGGCAAACCGAAGACGAAGAAGACGUCUGGGACAUGGAACUCGACUUCGGCGGGAUCGAACCCGACGAAUGUGACGGCCUUGAUCCAGAAAUGACAAUCGGCGAGCUAAUGGAAUGGCGUUACUUCAAAGCAGAGAAAGCAAAAGAACUCGGAAACAAAGCAUUCCGUAAUGGCGACUUCGAAACGGCAAUCAAGCAAUACUCCUCAGCGUACGACAUCGAGCCCGAGCUUCCACAUUAUCAACUCAACCUUGCCGCUGCGCAUCUAAAACUUUCAAACUGGAUAGCCGCAGAGAAAGCAUGCAACAAAGCGCUCGCUCAACACCGGAGCGGGAAAGGUUACUGGAGACGUGCUAAAGCGCGUCGUAUGCAGGGUCGGACAGUUGAAGCAGUGAAAGAUCUACGCAACGUACUUAAAAUUCAACCAGGCAACACAGACGCGCUCACAGAAUUGAUGUCAAUCAUGCCUUCUGCAGCUGCAGACAUGGCGCUUCGAGCUAGGUCGAGGUCUCCGUCGCCUGGGUUUUCGUCCUCGUCGAACGCACCCUCGGCCUCAGCGGGCAGCAGCAGUGGCGGCGACUCCAGUGUUAAUGGGAGUGGGAGUGGGAGUGGAAGUGGUAGCGGCUGUGGUAAUGGCAGCAGCAGCAAAAACGCCCUGCAUUCCCCUCCAACGACCUCUACUUCGGCGGAUACCAGCACCACCAAUGGCAAUACCAACACCAAUUUCACCACAAACUUACCCUUCCAACUCUCAGACCUCGACACACGCAAACUCCGACUAUACACGCAACCUCUCCAAGUUGAGAUGCCUAUUAUCAACGGCAGCGGUGCAAGCAAAGGUGGAAAUCGUAAGGGUAAAGAAAAUGGUGGUAGUGGAGGAGGAGGAGGACCGACGUUUGAGAUUCAACUCGAGACGUACACCUACCCGACGUGGGAUCGUUGUAAGGUGCAGCAUGUGUCGCGCUAG